AUGGUCUUCAAUCGACAAAAGCAAAAGCCAGCAGAUCUCCAAGUACCCGUUGCUCCAACAUUCCCUCUUUCCUCGCCGAUCAGCGAAGAAAUCGAGAGUCCAUCAUGCUCGUCUGCAGAGGAUCGAGAUCCAGACCGCACCCGACCAUUCGAUUUCUUGUCCAAAGUGACCAAACAAAAGGCCGAGAAGCGGGAGGCUCUAGCUCGGCAAAUAUCGUCCUUGGGUUUAUCCCAUCGAGAUCGUGAUCGGCAUGGCGAGGCUCCUGGUCCUGGAUCCAGGCACAGUAUUCGCGGAAUCACCAAGAAGAAGAAGAAUGCCUCGAAACCAGUUGGGUUGAAUUUGGUCACAGAUUUCACACUUUCGGCGCCGCCAAAGAAGCAGAAGCAGAAUGAUAGGGAGCAGGAAAGGAGGGAGGAGAAUGUUCCUGCUCCGUUUGUUGAUUUAAAUGAUUUGAAGCAGUUGUCCAUGGCUCGGGGAAAGGAGCGGACGGAGCAGACGAAUCCAUUUCUGAAAGAAGUCCCUCGAUCACUGCCCCUCCAGCAACAGCAGAAGCAAUUACCCAACACAAAUGACUCCCCGCAAACACAUAUCAAUCCAUUCCUCGACCCCAAUACCCAAGAACCAUUCAGUGAUGGUUUUUCUCCCUCCGACCGCAAUGUGAUGAUAGGCUUGACAGUACCAUAUGCCGAUUCAUCCCAUCGACCAAAGGAGACCGAUGGUACUGGUGACCAGUACACACCACUCACACCCUCCAUUAUCGUGACACCAGCCCGCGAAGAUGCUCCAUGGUCAACGCCCAGUCCGGAAACCCUCCGUCCACGCGCAGCAUCCAGCAUCUACUCCCGACCAAUCUCCCGGGUAGUGGGCAAUGAACACAAUAUACCCCCAGUCCCAGCUAUCCCAGAGGCACACAAGAAAGGUCUGGCCUCAGACUUCCUCAGUGCCCAUUUCAACGCGAUGACAAGAAAGCGCCGCUCAAUGUCCGCCGAUACAAUCUUCGAAGACGCAGACAUUAGCAGCCCCGAAGACUCCCACUCCCAGCCUCGAGGACAGUCACACAUCUCUAUCGACGACAACAAUCAAGUACCCCUCGCCAGUCGCCUCAGCAUCAACACCCAAGCCAGUCGUCCUGAAUCCCAGGGUUGGUGGACAUACCUCCUCUCCCCACUCCUGAGCAAAAAGUCACCACUCAGCCCUAGUUUUCCCCGCGAUGCACUAAUUUCCCCAUCGACGAAGAGUACCCGGGAAUGGUGGGACGAGAAGGAGAAAGAGACAUCUCAUUUCUCACCAGAUACACCGCAAACAGCAGUGAUAAACUGGGAUGAAGGCAACAAGAAUCUCGAACAGUCGCGCUCUCUGGAUAAUGAUGAAGCGACAAUAGUCCAGAAACGCAAGACAGUUCUCUCGACAAUUUUCCCCGGUGGAACGAUUCAAGGUGAAGCCGCGGAAUACUACCAAGCCUGUGCGCACGAACUAUUCAGCAAAACGCCUUUCUUCGAGUGCGUUAACCAUAUCUGUUCCAUCACACCGCCAGGUGCCAUUAUCUCGCCUGCAGAUUCAUGUCCCGGAGAAACGCGCGAUAGGGCACUUAUCUUCGCCGAGGCACAUGGCGACAACGCUGCGGACGAGAAAGAUCGUGGAAUCGCAACCUCGGAGGGAGAAACUAAGGGGUUACUUAUUGAUGUCGACUCACCGAAGCCGGACGGACAUACGAAGGAAGUGGCGGUAUCUUCGCCGGCAUCAAGCUCGAGCGCGGAUUCUUGGGACUCGCCACUGAGGGAGGAUAGAGAUGAUGAGAAACAUAUCCCUGAACCGACGCAGGAUUCGUCGAGGGGCAUUGCUCCAGAACCACAACCUCAGCCGAGUCAUCCUCCACCACAGCAGCAACCACCUGUACCGAUGCCAGAACCGUUUCCACCUCCUCCACAAGAACCUAUGCCUCCUCCAGCUCCAGCUCCUGUAUAUCAACCUCCAGCUCCAGCUCCUGUCUAUCAACCUCCAGCUCCUGAACCUGGGCCUCCUCCAAUGCCACCUCAAGAGAUACCUCCUGCUCAACCUCCACAGAUUAUACACAACUAUUAUGGAGCGCCUCAAGAACAGCCAGCUAUGCAGCAGCCAGUUCCUAAUUAUGGGCCCGUCUUUCCUCCACAGAAUGAAAUGCCACCACCGCAGCAAUUUCACCCGGAACCACAACAGUUUCAACCUCAACCUCAACCUCAACCUCAACACCAACACCAGUCUCAGGUAUCCGACUGGCCAAUAGCUCCUCCUCUUACUACAGAUCGGAGCUUGGGACCAGAAGCCUCUCGGGAAACUGUGGCUGAUCCCCCCGGCGCAUUCAAAUGA